UUCGAAAUCGCGGCCGCACACACCCUCGCCAGCCAAGUCGGCGGCCACGCCGGCGUACUCACCACCGAAGACGGCUCGCUCAUCAUCAAGCCCGCGCUCGCGCUCGAGCACCAGUUCUACCAGCAGGCGGCUGCAGACCCGGCACUCGCGCCGCUGCAGCGGUGGAUACCACGCUUCUACGGGACGUUGCGGCUGGAGGGGAGGACGGGCCCAGGGGGAGAGAUCGAGAUCGACGGUGCGGGGAGUACAGGCGCCGCCGUGCAGAAAGAUGAGCAUCUUCUCUCGUCGGCGGGCUCCCUCGUGCUCGAGAACCUCGCGCACGCGUUCGCGCGGCCGAAUAUCCUCGACGCCAAGCUCGGCACCGUGCUCUUCGACGAGGACGCGCCGCCUGAGAAGCGCGCGCGCAUGGAGAAGACCGCGCGCGAGACGACGUCGAAGCAGACGGGCGUGCGGCUGACUGGGUUUCAGGUGUUCGACAACGCGACGCGCGCGCCGGUCAACACGCCCAAAGCGUACGGCAAGUCCCUCGCGCCUGCCGACCUCCCCGCCGGCAUCGCCAAGUUCUUCCCCAUCGCCGCUCCCGCCCCCGUCGCCGCCUUCGCCUUCGCAUCCGAUUCGACCCCAGCUGUGCCCUCGCCCUCGCGCUCUCCUUCGCCAUCGGAUGCAUCCCCGCCGACUACGGGCCUCCCCGCGCGCACGCUCCUCCCGAUACUGUCUGCCAUCGCCCGUGACGUGCGCGCCGUGCGCGCGGCGCUCGCGGGCGUCGAGAUGCGCAUGGUUGGGGGGAGCCUGUUGGUCGUGUACGAGGCGGAGUGGGCGCGCGCGGCGGCGGGCGUCGAGUGGUUGGCUGCGCAUCCGGAUGGCAAACCUGGGCCGCCAUAUAUCGUCCGCCUCAUCGACUUUGCGCACACGCGCCUCAAGCCGGGCGAGGGCCCCGACUUGGGCGUGCUCCAGGGAGUGGACACGAUUCUGCGGCUGCUGCAGGGUCGCAUGGCGGAGGUACAG